AUGGCUCUAUUGGUUACAAUUUUAGCCAUAAUAGAGGUUGUUGUACUUUCUACACAUUACAAAUUAUUACAUCAAGGGACUUCCUCAAUUAGAAUUGUAAAAAGACAGUACCCGUUCAAGACAUAUACACAUUUGGACACUAGCUUACAAAGCCAGUUAGAAAAGGGCACUAGAGUAUAUCAUGUUACAAGAGAAUUUGGCCAUGCCACAUUAACAAAUGUAGGGAAAACAGUGACAGCACUAGCAGCAGCACAGCAAGCCUCAAAUCUAACAGAGGUAGCUAUCAUUAUGCCCUUUUAUACUUUUAUGAGAAAGUAUAUAUCUGAUAAAGAAAUUGAAAUGGUCAUCGAUAUUCAGGGUAACAAGCCAGGUCAAAUCAUGACAGUUGAGUUUCGAGUUUGGAAAAUGUUUCAUGUCUUUAAUCCACCCGUACAAUCCCCUAGUAAAUACGAAUGGCAAAUAAUUAAUAAUGUGAAUACAUCUGUCCUUAUCACACCGCAGAGACCACCUCAACCAACUGAUGCUGUACCUGUCUAUAUGAUUGGACAUGCAAAUCGAAGACUCUUUAAUAAGGCAUUCAAGUGCCGCACUGUAGAAGAAAUUUAUGAUGAGAAUGAAUUACCUAAUGAAUGGCGUGAUCAAUACUUUGCUAAAGCUGCUGCUGCCUUUUUAGCUCAUAAAGCCACAGCCUCUGAUGAAGAAUCUAUAUUUGCUCCCAUCCGUAUUGUCCCCCGUGUUGAUAUCGUCCACAUUCAUGGGGCCUCCAACGCCUACCUUGCUAAAUUCUUACACGAGAAGAGGGAUGCCGAUGAUUUAGGUCCUCGUCCACCAGCUAUUAUUUAUACUAUGCACGAUCAUGAUGAAGUUCAAUAUACUAAUUUAUUCAGAAAUGUUAAAAAAUUCCUUGAUCAUCCUCAAGAACGUAAAAGACUUUAUCAGUACGUAUUAGGAGGAAAGAUGUACAUGUCUCAGUUUGCAAUCGAUAGAGCAGAUGCUGUCACUGUCAUCAAUCAACAGUUGGCUUCAGAUAUCGUUGAAGGUCGUCAUGACUUUCAUCUCAAGGAACUCGUCAUGAGUAAACUCUUAAAAAAAGUUGAAGAUAAUCGAUUCUAUGGUAUCAAUAAUGGUGUUGAUUAUCAUAGUACUGAUCAUCCUUUUCUAUCUGAUAAACUUGUGAAUCGUAGUAUGGUAUUUCCCUCUUAUGCUUGGGAUCUGAUAAAAGAUCAAGAAUUAAUAUAUAUUCAGAAUUUAGCCCUUAAGGUGCCUGAUAUUCCUACCUAUUGGACUCUCUCUGAACAUUCUAAGGAUUUUAUUUAUACCUAUAAGGAUCGGGCAAAAGAAUAUUUGAUAAAACGUAAUUUACUCACAGAGGAAGAUAUGCAACGCCCCAUAGUAUUAUUUAGAGGAAAUUUUGAAAGUCAAAGAAGGCUUGAGACACCACUAGAAGAAGCAGCUAAAUUAUUUGCAAAACACAACAUACGAUUUAUUAUUAUGGGUAAAAGAGGGGAUUAUCCUUCUGAGAGACUUGAGGCCUUAGAGAAACAAUAUCCAAACCACAUUUCUAUAAUCUCUUCGGCUAAACAACAACGUCAAUUAGGUGUCUUUUGUAGAGCUGCUGCUGAUUUUACUUUUACACCAAAUAGUGAUCAAGACAAUUAUACACAGGCUGAGGGCUUUAUCUUUGGCUCUGCCUCUAUCACACCACGUUCUGGUCCUCUUAAAGACGCUAUUAUUGAUAGAUCGCAAAAUGCCUAUAAAACCAGUGUUUCCUACCUUGAUCCUGAAUCCAUCUCUGAACGAGGUGCAGUCGUAACAAGCUAUGAAUAUUACAAUAGUUAUGUUUAUGAUAACAUCAGCUCAUUAGCUUCCGCAAUUCAAGAUGCCUCUACUGAUUAUCGCAAAUUACAAAAGAAUAAGGCGCUUCAUGAAGAAUUUUUGCUAAGAAUUAUUCGAUCUGCUGUCAAUUUAGGAUGGGACCGUGGUCAUUCUAAAGGACCUGUACAUGAAUAUAACCGUGUCUAUGAGCUAACAUUAGAAGAUCGCUUUAUUCCUGAGAUACGAAGACAUGAAGUUGAACAAGAAAACGAAUUAGUUUCAAGACUUCAAGAUAUUGAUUAG